UGCCAAAACCGGCCACUGAUUGAAGAGAUGAAGAUGAAGGUUCAAGUUUAAAGUCAUGGUUUCCAAUUCCUAUGAAGGAUUAAGCCAAAAUUAAAUCAUGGUUUCCAAAUCUUAGCUUAAACAUGUCCCUCUUUCCAUCCACUUUCCUUGCGCUAAUAUUAGCUUUAGCAGCUUCAAACUUAUGUGGUUCAUCUGCUUUUCACUUCCAAAUCUCGGACACAAACCUUACUAAACAAUCCUCCUGUCCCAUGAACUUCGAUGUUCUUCGUGAACUCGCCGCUGAAGUCUCUGCUAGGCGUUCUCUUAUCGAUGUUCCAACUCAGUGUAAGUACAUUCAGAAGGGAAUUCUUUUCGUUAGAUCGGAAUACCUUCGGACAAAUGGGUACUUUGUUCCCCCUUCCGACACUUAUCACGCAUGUUGGGAAUCAUAUGGGAGCUUAGUUGCAGAUUUCUUACCAGGUUUUGAUAUGCAAUUCACUUGUGGGUAUCAUCCUGAAUGGAUUUCAGACAGUUAUAUGAACAUUACAACUAAAGCACAGUUUGAGAGCCUUCUUCCAAGGUCCGAAUUGCAAGAACUGAGGCUUUCUUGUAACCAGUCUUUGGACAAUGGCCAUGUUUGUCAAUCUUGUAUCCAAAAGUUGUGGAGUAUUCAGAAACAGUUCCUCCAGGGUUCUGAAACUAAGAAUGCCUCAAAUUCUGCUGAUUACUUGUUCAUGUACGCGGCUGCUUUCAGCAAUAAACUUGGACCAGGCGAUAUAGCAACUGCGAAAUGCUUGUUCAGGCUUGAAUUUUCUAUGCAGUUGCAGACCAAUAAUAAGCACAAGUCUGUAAUUUCUGGUGUUGUUCUUGGUUGCAUAAUCGGGGUCGUGGGGGCCUCAAUCGCAGUGUGGUUGUUCUGGGUCCUGCAUAAGAAAUGUGGGAAGAAAAAAGACAAUUCUGAUAAUAAAGAUGAGACCAGUUUGGACCUAGGAUUGCAACUGCAAACUAGAAGUACCAACUUGGUCAAAUUUAAAGUCGAUGAAAUAAGACAUGCUACGAUGAAUUUCUCAAGGCAUAAUAUUGUUGGGAAGGGAAGUUAUGGGAAUGUUUACAAGGGGAGAUUGGCUGAUGGAUCUGAACUUGCAUUCAAAAGAUUCAAGAACUGUUCUGCUGCUGGCGAUGCAAUAUUUGCACAUGAAGUGGAAAUCAUCGCAAGUGUUAAGCAUGUCAAUCUCGUUGCUUUAAGAGGCUACUGUACUGCAACAGUUCCUAUGGAAGGACACCAACGAAUUAUUGUCUGUGAUCUUAUGCACAACGGAAGCCUCUACGACCAUCUGUUCGGCCCAGGAACAAAGAAGCUAACCUGGCCAAUUCGUCAGAAUGUUGCCCUGGGAACAGCUCGUGGAUUGGCUUAUCUACACUAUGGGGUCCAACCUGCAAUCAUCCAUAGAGACAUAAAAGCUAGUAAUAUACUUUUGGACGUGACAUUUGAGCCAAAGGUAGCAGAUUUUGGCCUCGCAAGGUUCAAUUCACAAGGAAGGUCACAUUUGAGCACCAGGGUAGCAGGAUCUCUUGGCUAUGUUGCCCCAGAAUAUGCCUUAUACGGCAAGUUAACAGAAAGAAGCGAUGUUUACAGCUUCGGGGUUGUGCUUCUUGAGCUCCUCAGUGGAAGAAAAGCAUAUGAAAACGACGAAGGAAAAGUUUCUCUCUUGACAGAUUGGGCAUGGACGCUGGUGAAAGAAGGCAGAGCAUUGGAUGUCAUCGAAGCUAACAUGCCUGAAAUGGGAUCCCCACAAGUGAUGGAGCUAUAUGUUCACAUAGCUGUGAUCUGUGCUCAUCCAAUAUUAUUUGCCAGGCCAACGAUGUAUCAGAUUGUGAAGCUGCUGGAAACCAACUUGCAGCUGGUUCCCUCAAACCUUGGAGAUUAUAUUGGUGGUUCUUACAGAGGGCUUAGCCCUGUCGGCUCAGGUUAUAUGUCCUAUUCUUCCAUCACAAGUGGUGAUCAAAAUUUGGAAAAUAGGGAUGCUCAGAGAAGCUUCACCGUGACAAUUCUCUAAUUAAUUUUAGGCCAUAGCUGAUAAUAAUUUUUUUAUUUUAAUUUAGCUAAUAGUUUCUAAAAUUGUUAAUUAUCGACUGGAUUAUUCCUAUAUUGGUGAAAAAAUAACCGAUUUUAUUGAUUGCUA